AUGUCUGCAUUAGAGUCUGGAAAAAAUGAAGAUGCAGAAUCACCUCAGGAUUUGGAGAGUGUCUCCACGAAUCUCCCACAGAAGUAUGGUGGUGAUUUACGGUGGGCUGCAGUUCACAAACAAGAAUACACCGUAAAUGGACAAGUAGAAGCAGAAGAAGACCUAGAAGUGACAUCAGAGAAUGAGCAAGAGAGUCCUGAAGGAAGUGAAAAUAACCAGCCACCGGUUGAAGAAAAGGAGAAGCACAAAAGCAAUAAAAUGGCAGCAUCAGAAAACCUAUGUGAUGGUGCUGGUGAUGACAGUGACGAUGAUGCAUUACUUCAAGAAAGAAAGAGUAGAAAAACUGACAGUCGGCAAUUUCCUAGGAUGGAGAAUGAAGUGUGUGAUAGGCCUGCAAAGAAAACACCUAAUGAAAAGAACAAGGAAAAAGAACAAAUACAGUCUAUGGGUGACCAUGAUGACUUAACUUGGUCAUCUGCAACGGCCCCAGAGGAUUAUACAGAUUCUGCUAGCGUCUUGAGAAUGCAAGAUGUGGUUCUUUCAAGUGCUAGAGAAAUAGAACUUAAAAAUGUUCUGUGUGAAAGACUUACAGGAAAAAGUAAAAAGAUGGCAAACAUGGUUAGAGUACCACAAGAGGAAAAUGAAAACAUGUUGCUUGGUCAGCAACUGGAAGGUGCUGAAAACAAAGCUAACAAUAAGGACAAGGCAGUCAUUAAUGUGCAAGACCAAUUGUAUGAUAAAGUGAAAAAUCUUCAAGCUCAGAGUGGAAACCAAAGUCUUCCAGUAGAAGAAAGAUUAAAUGUCUUAAUCAAUGAAUUCAAUCAAGUAAAAGAAAGACUGUAUCAACAUUCAAAAUGGGAAGCAGAAGUUGAUGACAUUAUGGAAUCUCUGGAAAAUGUAUGUUCAAGAUGUCGCUAUCUGGAUGCCAAGAAUGAAGUUGAUCAAGAGGAAUUAUUCUCUAUGAAAGCAACACAAGAACAAUGUGAGAUGCUAGAGAAAGAGAACAUGAGGUUGGAAAAAGAAUUUUGGGACCUCAAAAACCAUAUGCAACAGAUGGUAGAUCUUGGUGAAAUUAAAAUGUAUAAAGACGACAUUGAAGAAAGAGCAACACAGGAUGUUGUAGAAAAAAUAAAAGAAGUCAAUCUAUUUUUGCAGUCACAAGCGGCAUCUGAAGAAUACAUAGAACAGAUAAAAGAGGAUCGUGUGGCUUCAAUAAGGAGUCAGACAGAAGUGACAAUUAAAAAUCUGGAAUCUGAAAUCUCCAACAUGAAAUUUUCUCAAGGAGAAGUGGAAAAGUAUAACCCCCUGUAUCAAGGAGAAUGAAAAGCUGGGGAAUAUUUGUUGAAGAAAGCAAAAAAUUUUCGCAGAACUCCUGAGCGACUAGCAGCGUCCAGUCGCAAUCUUGUUGAGGAGACACAGGGGACUGGAACUUGCUUUCCCACUCGAGCUAUGAAGACGGGCACCUUCUUCUAUGAAGAAUCACCUUCUGUUGGAACUGUUCAUAAUGGCUUAGGUCUUCACAGAGAGCUUUCUUCAAGAGAAAACUCAAUGUUCUUUUCCUCAUUCCCAUGGACUUCAGAUGCCAACUUGGAGACCUACUUGACUGAGAUGACACACAAGUUGGAACAAAAUAUAAGUAUGGAACUACAAGAAGGUCUUGCUGAAUUAGAAUCUGGAUGCUCUUCUCUAGAAAAGCUUCUCCUCUAGGAUCCACUGAUGAGGCAGAUAUAAAUCAAGAUAUACUUUGGACAGCAUCAUCACAAUAUGUACCAUUUUUGAAAAAUUCUAUGAUCUGAAAGACUUUUAAGUGGAUCUUGCAAAUAAAAAGCAGUUUUACCUCCUUA